UGCAAGCUCAUUCGUGUUGAUAGCUACCCGGAUGUCGAGUUCGAUGCAUACGCGAUCUCUUUCAAAUGCUCAAGGUACCAAGGUCUCAAACUGUACCCACCGCUACCAAAAGCUCGGAGAGGAGCAUGUCUUUAGUCGCGGCUAGAAGGCCGGCUGAUAACCCCCUCUCUGCGUACUGUGCCGAACCGCUCCGGAAGGAGAGAGCUGAAGUUGCGGCGGCCAAAGUUAGGAACAAGAAAGAUCAAGAUCAGCGCCUUCUAUCCACCUCGACUGUUGUCUAUGCGUCUCUUUAUGCUUUGUACCCUGUAAACCUCCACCUCUCUGUCCUCAUCACCGUUGAUGCCAACCCUGUUUUCAAGCCUAAGCCAUCGAAGAAGUCCUUCGCACCUGCGCGGUACGAGCUUGAUUUCGCGGCCAAGAUGGCGCUUCCCCAGGGUGCACCAUGGGGUAGAUCAUGAUCGUUUCUGUGAGUGCGAUCAGACACUCCCCUGGCUCA